CUUUCCUAUGAAUUCUUUGUCUCCUCUCUCUGUCUCUGUCUCUGUCUCUUUCUUCCUCUCUCUGUGUAUAUGUUCUUAAGACAAGACAUCCCACUAAUCCAAUUUCCCAAAUUACAAGAGAUCAAUGUCCGUGUCCUUAGCUAGUCUCUGUAGCCCACGUUUCUUCACCAUGUUUGUGUGUACCCUCGGAAGUUAGUCCUCUGUUUUGGCUGUUACUUCCCACUUUGGAGUUUGAAAAAGUGAACAGAAGAAAGAAGAAGAAGAAGAAGUAGAAGAAGAAUCUCUUGAGGCAUGGGAGUGCUGUCUCUGUCUCCCAGUUUGAGGGCACAUUUCUUCCUCCUCCUACUCCUCUUUCUUCAUGGGUGCUGCUGUAGCCCAUUGCGAGUCGAUGAAGCGGCGAUGAAUCCACUGAUUCCCGAGAUCUCUCCCAGUGGCUCCCCUCAACCCUUCCUCCCGCUCCCCUCGCCUUCCCCAUUGUCUCCAUUCACGAACAGCACUGCACCGAAACUCUCAGGACUCUGUGCAUUGAACUUCACUGCUGCUAAAAGCCUGAUGCACACGACAUCAGUUGAUUGCUAUUCGGCUUUUGCUCCAUUCUUAGCUAAUGUGAUGUGCUGUCCUCAGUUGGCAGCUACGCUCACCAUUCUUGUUGGGCAGUCUAGUAAAUUUACCAACCUCCUUGCCCUCAAUGAGACCCAUGCCAAGUACUGCCUUUCCGAUAUUGAGCAAAUUUUGGCAGGCCAGGGAGCAGCGAGUAAUCUAAACGAGAUAUGUUCUGUUCGUGCAUCGAUCCUCACCGAAGCCUCAUGCCCAGUAAAGGAUGUUUUCGAGUUUGAGAGCACAUUGGAGUCUUCAAAGCUCCUCAGGGCUUGUGAGAGGAUUGACCCUGUAAAGGAGUGCUGCGACGCGGUCUGCCAGAAUGCUAUGCUGGAAGCAGCCACGAAAAUUGCCCUGAAAACUUCAGAUGUUCUUGCCCAACAACUUACAGCGACAGACCAUUCAUCGAGGAUUGAUGAUUGUAAGAGGGUUGUUGCAAGGUGGCUGGUGAGUAAGCUUGACCCUUUCCUGGCAAAGGAGAUUCUCAGAGGACUAUCCAAUUGUGACAUCAAUAAGGCAUGUCCUCUGCUAUUCCCUGAGCUGAAACUUGUCGAGAAGAGCUGCAGAGAUGGGAUAACUAACGAGACAGCUUGCUGCAAUUCCAUGGAAAGCUACGUGUCUCACUUGCAGAAGCAGAGCUUCAUAACCAACUUGCAAGCAUUAGACUGCGCGUCAUCUUUGGGAAUGAAGUUACGGAAACUAAACAUCACGAAGAACAUCUAUAGCCUCUGCCAGAUCAGCCUCAAGGACUUCUCCCUGCAAGCAAUUGGAAGUCAAGAAUCCGGGUGCCUUUUGCCGAGUUUGCCAUCGGAUGCAACGUUUGAUAAGUUUACCGGGGUAAGCUUCCUCUGCGAUCUCAACGACAAUAUUCCCGCGCCGUGGCCGUCUUCUUUGCAAAUGCCAACUUCAUCAUGCAAUAAGACUAUCAAGAUUCCCGCGCUUCCUGCAGCAACAUCUGCUCAGAGUGGCCUUAACAGUGAAGGAUUGAACCUUUUUAAGACUUCUGCACUAGUGGCAUUUCUCUCGAUCAUCUCGUGAAUACUCUGCAAUGAACAAGCUUUUAGUCAGAAAGCCGGAUUCUCGCAGGUUAAACAAUCACGAGAACCAUUAAUCUCUUCUUUUCUUUUGUUUUUGUUUUUGUUUUUUUUCAUGGCAAGGGCUCUGUGAUCAUUGAAGUUCGGUUGGCUAUCAAGAUUGUUGACAGAAAGUAACCAGGAGUUUUCUGUCGAAGUAGUGAACUCUGGACGGGAAGUGAGAUAAGAUGUUGUUGUUCGAGGUAUGUAUUUAUUCAAAAUUCAUUGGCUUGUGUAAUAAACUUUUGUAGAGAGUGUAUGACAAAGAAUCAAAUUCUAUAUAUAUGUGUAUAAUUAUACUUAUAUAAAAGAUUGUUUUGCAUAUGUACAUGAA